GCCGGUGAGCCUGGCAGAGCCAAACGACCUCUGGAACUUGGGUGUCGGGUGGGUCGGGACCAACUCCGGCUAGGACGGUCGGCUCUUGCGAGGCCUUCGUUUUUGGCCGGCCCGAGGUCUGUGUGUGGUUCCCUCUCGGCCCCGGACUGGGUCUUGUUGGAGCCUGAGGUGACCAUCAGUUUCUUUGUCCUAAUCUUCUCCACAACGGUUUAUCAGCCCUGAUCCUUUUACCGGUUAUGUCAGCCGGCGCUUGUUAUAUAUCCCCUGCUUUAUGCUGGGGGCUGUAACUCGACUGUAGGGGUGCAAAGAAAAAAAAAACCCCAAAACAAACACGAAACAGUCCCUGCCCUCAGGGAGCUUGUAGUCUAUAAGGGACCCUGGAGGCGCAUAGUAAGCAAAGAUAUGGACAAAAAUUUUUAAAAAAAGACUUGAUUUCUUCAUAUGGCAUAGAAGAUGAGCUCUGCCACCAUGAACGAGGAGCCUGAUGCACUAUCGGUGGUUAACCAGCUUCGGGAUCUUGCAGCAGACCCGCUAAAUAGACGAGCCAUUGUCCAGGAUCAAGGAUGUCUGCCAGGCCUUAUUUUGUUUAUGGACCAUCCCAAUCCUCCAGUUGUCCACUCAGCUUUACUAGCUCUACGCUACUUGGCAGAAUGCCGGGCUAACAGAGAAAAAAUGAAAGGUGAACUGGGUAUGAUGUUAAGCUUGCAAAAUGUAAUACAAAAGUCUACUACUCCAGGAGAGACUAAACUUCUGGCUUCUGAAAUCUAUGACAUCCUUCAGUCAUCCAAUAUGGCAGAUACCAGCAGUGUCAAUGAAAUGAACUCACGUCGAAGGAAAGCUCAGUUUUUUCUUGGAACUACAAACAAGCGUGCCAAAACAGUGGUUCUGCAUAUAGAUGGCCUUGAUGAUUCUUCUCGGAGAAAUCUUUGUGAAGAGGCCUUGUUGAAAAUUAAAGGAGUUAUUAGUUUUACAUUUCAGAUGGCUGUUCAGAGAUGUGUCGUACGAAUCCGUUCAGAUUUGAAAGCAGAGGCUUUGGCAACAGCAAUAGCAUCAACCAAAGUUAUGAAAGCACAGCAAGUUGUGAAAAGUGAAACGGGAGAAGAAAUGCUGGUCCCAUUCCAAGACACUCCUGUAGAAGUAGAACAGAAUACAGACCUACCUGACUAUCUGCCUGAGGAUGAGAGUCCUAUAAAGGAACAAGAUAAAGCAGUGUCUAGAGUUGGGUCACACCCAGAAGGUGGAGCCAGCUGGUUGAGCACAGCAGCAAACUUUUUAUCCCGUUCCUUUUACUGGUGACUUAAAUUUGAGGCUCAAGGACUGGGUGAACCAACAAAGGGGCCAGUUUUCCAUUGGUGUGGUGAACUGUCAAGUGCAAUUUGCAAUAAGUUAUCAUGAAAAGUUUUUAGAUUACACAAUUACGUAUGCUGCAUUUUACAUUUUAUUGGACGUUUAACCUGUCGGAUAGUUAAAGGGACAGAGGCCUCAGAUGGUAUUGCUUUGUUUGUGGAGGGUAUUUCUUAGUUUUGUUUUCCUGUAUUUUAUUGCCUCACUUAAAAAAUAUACAUAUAUGGGUCCACUAUUAAAACCAAACGUUUAUGCAUAUGCAGCUUUAAAUUUUACUUCACAUGAAACAUGUGAUUAGACAAAUUUUCAACUCAAGUCUCAGGACUUUGUUUGCAGGGUAAUUAUUUUUAUCCCAAGUUGUACCUGAAUCAUUAAAUCUUUUUUUGGGGGGGGGUGUGAAAUGAAGGUUCCAUAUUUCUAAUGAAGGAUUUUUUUUUUUGGUACUCUUUACCAGGAAGCCAGAGGAAAAUGGACUUGUUUAUUCUUUUACCUUUUUCCACCCCUUUUGUUUUUGCGACCAUCUUUGCAGAAGCAUAAUUUUCUGUAGCAUUUUCUGUAUUAGAAAUUAUCUAUUUGAACACAGUAAUCCCCAGAAUACAUCUUAAAUUAUUUUGUUACCCGAAAACAUUGGUGUUUUGUCAAAGAAUUGAUUGACAAAGAAUUAAUUUAGGAGAAGAAACUGUGAUUGUGUUGUUGGUUAUACUGUUUUCAAAGAAUAUUUAACUGUGUGCUAUGGCAAAUAGUUGACAUUGACUGCUAUUUAGACAGGCUCAAAUCAGAUUUGGAAAGUUAUAAUUUCCACAAGUAAUGGCCACUAUAGUCUUACCUUGAGCAGGAAAUGGCUUAUAGGCCUUAGUUUGUAAUUGUACAUUAUUUCCUGCUAGCAGAAAUAACUAUAGUUAAAGCUGAUAUGAACUUGAAAAACAACACAAUGGAAUGAAUGCCUAUUAUGCCCCAGUGCCCUUGCAGUAGAUUCUGAACUUAAGCAUCAACUGCUUGGCAGGUGUCCAUUCAGCAGAUGUUUCCUUAUAUCUCCUCUCUUGAAUUUCUCAUGCACAUGCAGCAGUGGGUAUUAUACAGGGUAGGGUUGAGGGAGGGAAUGGAGGGAGGGAAGAAUCUAAACAGUUACCAUUUAUAGACAAAAGUAGUUUUUGUUGAAGAAGGUCUUGGCCCUUUAACCUUGUCUCAUCAUAUCCAGUCAGUUUUAAAAACAAUUUUGGCGAAGGUAAGAUUAGUUGGGUUUUUUUUUGUGUGUGUGUGUGUAAAUAUGAUGUAAGACAUGUACACAAUGCUUAAUUAAGUUUCUGAACUAUUUGGAAACUAAGAACAACACUCUGGGAAUAUGACUGACAAACUUCAAUGCUGUUGUGAUUAAAAACCAACACGACAUGGUUAAAGAUGCUCUCUUUCUGGCAACAUUCGCAUCUCUUAUUACUUGGAACUACAGUGAAAAUUUAGCCUGGAAGGCUUCCUCCUACUCAACCUCUAACAAUUAAAAACAUUCAGCAUUACGAGAAGAAAAUUAUUGUGAAAUUAAUACCACUAAUGAAAGUCUUGAAUUCAUUUGAAUUGUGGCUUUCUGGAGGAAUGAGGGACAGACUAGCUGUUUGUGGGGUGUUUUUUUUUUUAAGUGUAUCUAGUCUUUGAUUCAGGUGACACGCACAGGCUGAAAAUACAAGCUUUGAGGAGCAUGUAUUGCUUUAAAUUUGUAAUACAACUUGCUGCCUAGAAUGUUACAAUACCAGAUGUGUGUUUUUUUUUAAAUCAUCCUUCUGUAGCCAUGAAUGCAAAGUUUACUUUUCUAUAUUAACAACUGUUUGCAUUUUAUUUUGCAUUACAUCUACUUGUUAAAUAAUGACAUACCUUUGAUAGUAAUGGUUCAGUACAAGUAGGUAUUACAGUUUUGAUGUUUGUGUGUUUAAAUUCAAAGUAUGCUUCUUUUGCCAGUGUUGCAGAUUUUGUAGAACAGUUAAGGUAUCUGUAAGGCAUUUUUUUCCCCUUUUUUCCUUUUUUUUUUUUUUUGAAAUAUAUUGUAAAAUAAUAAAAAGUAACAUAACUAAAAGUAAAAUAAUUGAAGUUUCUGUAUUUUGUCAGCAUAAGUAUUAUUGAUUUCUGUUCACAGCUUGUUAAAAUUUUGUAACUUUUUUGAAGCUAUUUUUAUCACCUGGUAUUUUAACAUGACUUUCUAAUUUAUAUUUCAUUUUACUGAAUUAGAGGUAUUUGAUCAUUUGUACCACCAGCCUAGGAGAGGUACAAUAGGGACAAAAAUGAUAAUUAUUUAAUACUUAUUAGACUUCUUUGCUUGUUAAUGGCCUUGGACAAGCAGCCAGCCCUUAUUUGAUCCUUCCCCUCCCUUUUUUUUAAAGCAGCAUAAGUGAAAAUGAAUAAGUAACAUUUAUAUAUUUCAUAUCAAAUGGAUAAGUCACUCAAAACACAGGAGUCAUAAUUUUUCUUUUGGGGAAUUUAUGG